AUGUUGCACAAAAGGAGCGCUCACAAGCCCAGCGAUGCUUUUCUUCGCGACUUCCAGCGCAAGUUCUCCGGGGUCGCCGCCACGCCCUACACCACCGGAGCCGGCAUCAUGCCCGACCAGCUCGUCCAAGCCCUGCCGGGUCUGGUGUCCAAUCCGACCCUCCUACCGAGCCCCCGGUACUCGUUGUCUCCGCCCGGUCGAACCAACUGUUCGUACAGCGCCUUCAAUGUUCCAAUGUGUACGGCGCUGCCCGAUCAGCCGGUCGACGCAUCUCUCUCGCAGGCUGUACCAUGCAACGUUGGCGCCCAGCCGAUGCUGCUGGCCCCGGCGUAUAACCUGCCGCAAGAUCCGUGCGGGCUCCAAGGCCCGGCGGUCCAAUACCAGGACCAUCUUGGUGACUUCUCCGAUCUGUCUGCUCAGCACCCGCGAGAGAUUUCCCCGCCCGAUUCGCAACUCGGACAGUCGAGUGCAUUGGAUGAGACGCAAUCCGUGUACGAUGGCCAACAGCCGCUCCGAUUUCAGGUUACCCUGCAUGCCCCCACGGCGACCUACAAUCCUACCCGCCAGAACCCCGUCACCUAUCUCAACCGUCGUCAGGGGUACAAGAUCUCCAUCAUCGAUACGGCACCCCCGGUUACACUCCUCCACCCGGUGCGAUACCGCACGCAUUUUCGCAUCGGGUUCGACAACGACCACCAGCGAGCUGACCCCGUGGCUGCCUGGAGGCUGUGGCGAGACAAUCGCGGACUGAACGAGGCCAGCCGGGGCGACGGGCAGCUGCGAGCCGUCGAGUUUGUCGACGUGAUGUCGAACGUCAUCCGUGGCCGGCCGCCGGGGUCUCAGGUGGCUCUGGAAAGCUCGUCGGUGGACGGCUUCAGCAUCGUGUGGCUGGCUGACCCGCAAUCGGGCCACGCCGGGUGCGAGGCUUACAUUCUUUUCAAUUUCCUCUCCACCGACUUCACCUUGUCCAAGGGGGUACAAGGGGCACCGCUCCGACUGUAUGCGAAGACGGAGUUAUUCGCGCCCGACGCCUCAGCCCAGCCACCGCUGUCCACAGCGGAGAUAUGCUACUGUAAAGUCAAACUGUUCCGAGACCACGGGUCGGAGAGGAAGCUAUCGAAUGACGCCGUGAAACUCAAGAAGACCAUCGACAAGGUUCACCAACGGCUCGAUACCUUGGAUUCGGGUGCCGCACAAGGCCGAUUGACCACCGGCAAAAGGAAACGGGGAAAGGGAAAGCCUCCGGCAACAGCACGAAAAAAAGUAGAGCCCUUCCUAACCAUGACCCAUGAUUUCUCCGCCCGCGAUGAACUCCAAACAGUAAUCUCCGAACUGGAAGCCGUGCUGUCGUCGUCCCGACCGCGGAGUACGCUUUCGCUUCGGGGCGAUGCUCAAGACGAUCCGGAUCGGUCCCCUGUCGUGUUAUCGAACCCUUUGCAAGGCUCUCCGACCAGUAUCGAUGAGCAGUUGGUGAAACAUAGGCUCGGCAGGGAAACAACGGGGUCUUUCUCGCCCAUGAGCACCUCAACCCAGGACCAUACCCAUGCCGUUGCGUGCUUUUACAUCCUUCGACGCAUUGACGGACAGGUUGAGGACUACUACCAUGCGCUGUAUCUCAACGAACGGACCCUGUCGGAUCUACUCUGCCACCUCUCGCAGAUGUAUCAAACAGAAAUCAGUCAUAUCAGCCAUGCGAUUCGCGUCAACGCGGGUGGCCUGCGCAUCGUGAUCGACGACGUCGUUCGAGAGAUUCCCUCGGGCCAGGACAUGAUUGCAGAAAUCUCGAAGGAUGGUGAUGACACCGUUGGGUCACCACCGCGGUUUCGAGUCACCUUGUUCUAUUAG